AUGCCUCUAUCGGCCAGCACUAUGGCGAUUAUCUCUCAUACCAUCAUCCUUCUGAUCAUCCAAGCAUAUGUUGUCGCUACAGAAGUGCAUCAUGACCACCGAAACGUGAGAGUCGAGAAGACAGAUCCCAAUACCGAUAUCAUCGGACAAGAAAUAUCCAUCUUGGACCCUGAUGCAGAUACAGAGAGGGUCUUGCGUUGCAAGCCCGACACUGGCAAGAAGCUGUCACGAAGCGCAGACAAGGAAUGGGUCGCCUGUUGUUUACCUCAACAGAGACUCGUUGGCACCGCUUCCACUGCUUUCGACUGCUGCGAAGUACCAUACGAUAUAGCAGGCUCAAGCGACGUUGGAUUUACCUGCUGUCCUCUGGGCUAUACCUACGAUGGCGUUUCUUGUAGGGCUCCGCCAGCUCCCAACAAGGAAGAGGCUUCAAGCACAUCCAAGACUCUGUCUGGCAUAAUUGAAGGUCGAUGCUAUGAACUUAUUUUCGGCGAUGGUCUCUUGCUUGGCCAAGCCGAUAACAAGGCUCAGUACACAGCUGCGUUAGCUGGCUCUGAUCACCGUGUCGGGAGAUUCAAAUUCUGCAAGUCCAAAUCUUGCAAUUCCGAUCACGCCAUCACCUUCGACGAGCCUUUUAACAUUGAAGAAGCGCUUCUCCAAGCGAGCGAGGAUCACAAUAUGAGAUCGUGGCUUGAUAAGUCUAAAAGCGGCGAUCCCAUUGGGAAAACAGAUAACUCCAAUCAAGCGGGCUGGUUCUUGCUGAAGAAAUCGUCUGAGGGGUAUUGCUUAGGAGGUUUGAACCAAGGAGUUGGCCGUACCAAUUUCGAAAAGGCCUCCCUUACCUUUUUGCUCGACGACGAGAGCCAACAUUCCUGUCUACUUUUUCAAGUCGUCGAGGUUUCAUGCAAGAUGCAGGCAAGGCGGAUUGACGAACCGCCCUGUCCUCCGCCUAGCCAAGAUGAGAAGAGAACAGAUACUUUGGCUGAGGGCCGUAUUGGUUGUCUGUAUUGGCAAGGGUCCGACGGCAUACGUGAUUCGUGUUUGCAAGGUCGGGAGGUCCCUCACUACCCAGCGGUGCACAACUACUACGUAUACCCUUUCGACAACCAGCCAGGCAAUGCAAGAUUCACUGGCGGCAGCGGUGAAGGCGGUAGCGGGAUUGGAGGUGCUGUAAACAUUGGACAACAGGCUCGCCGUGAUUCGGCUGGGGGUGACGGCACUAGAAAGUGUAGAUAUAUUUAG